GAACAAUGGAGUCGGCUUCGAGUGAAUUAUUGAUCUGUGCCCACCCCGCCCAUCGUGGUGUGAGCUCCGUUGACGUCACGUCUACUGGCAAGCAAGUUAGUAAAAAAUAUAUCUGCGCAUGUUAGUUGGUUAACCUAGUGGCCUUUUUUCUUUCUUGUCCUCCCGGAGCGGUUGACCUUGCCGUAAUAUGUCGCUUAGCGAGUCUUUCGGGUGCUUUCCGUCGUCCUGGUUCGGGUUCGUGCAGCACUCGCUCGCUCUGCUGUGCCUGGUCGGCGUCGUCUACAAAGUCGUCGUGCUCCUGAUUCAGAGGAGGGAUGCCUUGCGAAACUUUAAGGCGUUCACGGGACCGCCCGGGCACUGGUUCUUUGGGCAUGUCCUGCAGUUUAAACAAGAUGGGACUGACUUGGACCAGAUGGUCAAAUGGGGGGAGGAACACCCCUAUGCCUUCCCUCUGUGGUUUGGUCCCUGUGUCUGUUACAUGAACAUCCACCAUCCAGAUUAUGUGAAAAGCAUCCUGACAUCAACAGAGCCAAAAGAUGAUUAUGCUUACAAAUUCAUCAAGACCUGGAUUGGUGACGGCCUGCUGGUUUCUCACGGUCAGAAAUGGUUCCGCCACAGAAGGCUCCUGACGCCGGGUUUCCAUUACGACGUGCUGAAAUCGCACCUAAAAUUAAUGUCGGCGUCAGCUAAAACCAUGUUGGACAAAUGGGAGCGUUACUCCAGCAGCGGCGAGUCCUUCGAGCUGUUUGAACACGUCAGCCUGAUGACACUGGACACCAUCAUGAAGUGCGCGUUCAGUCGCAACAGCAACUGUCAGACCGAGAGUGGAACCAACGAGUACAUUAAAUCGGUGUACCAGCUCACCGAUUUGAUCAACCUUCGCUUCCGGACCUUUCCUUACCACAACGACCUCAUUUUCUACCUGAGUCCACACGGCUUCAGGCACAGGAGAGCCUGCAAGGUGGCUCACAGUCAUACGGAGGAAGUGAUAAGGAAGAGAAAAGAAGCCCUGAAGGAAGAGAAGGAGCCGGAGCGUAUCCAGACCAAAAGGACUUUGGACUUUCUGGACAUUCUGCUCUUGGCAAGAGAUGAGAAUGAGCAGGGGCUUUCAGAUGAAGACAUCCGAGCCGAGGUGGACACCUUCAUGUUUGAAGGCCACGACACCACCGCCAGUGGCAUUUCCUUCAUCCUCCACACCCUUGCCUGCCACCCAGAACACCAGAACAAGUGCCGGGAGGAAAUCGCCCAAGUCCUGAAUGGCAAAGACACCUUGGAGUGGGAGGAUCUGAGUAAAUUGCCCUACACCACCAUGUGCAUCAAAGAAUCGCUGCGGCUGUUCCCGCCCGUGCCGGGAAUGGCCCGAAAACUCACCAAACCCAUCACUUUUUUGGAUGGAAGGACUAUGCCGGCAGGUUCUCUCGUCGGGACGAGUGUGUAUGCGCUCCACAGGAACGCCACAGUCUGGGAAAACCCAAAUGUGUUUGACCCACUUCGCUUCCUGCCGGAGAACUCUUGCGAAAGGUCACCGCAUGCUUUUGUGCCCUUCUCUGCUGGCCCCAGGAACUGCAUCGGUCAGAACUUUGCCAUGAACGAGCUGAAAGUGGUGGUAGCUUUGACUCUGAGGAGGUACCAGCUGAUGGAGGACCCCACGAGGAAGCCCAAGAUCAUUCCUCGAGUGGUGCUUCGCUCGCUCAACGGCAUCCACAUAAGGAUCAAAACUCUGGACACCUGAGUCAGUGAUAUUUUAGUCCCUCUUAUAACCACUAUGGCUGCAGAAUAGUACCCAGACCGUCCUCUUACCCUGAACCCCCCACUCCUGCACUAUGCCACUCUUUGCACAUUUCGUUCGUUUUUGAUUAACACGACUGUCUUGUUUUUGGUUGGGAUUGUGCAUGUUUUUGUUCAUAAGUGCUGUCAAUGCAUUUCUUAUUUUUUUUUUUCCAGGAAUAACAAAAGUAGUGUGUGGCCGCCAUUUUGCAGCCAGUAAGACAAAUACGAUUCUGAAUAAUAAUGUAGGACAUUUGUUUGUCAUAAGAAUAAGAAAA